AUGAGAGAAGUGAUACUUGCUGUACAUGGAAUGACAUGCAGCGCCUGUACUAAUACAAUCAAUACGCAGUUACGAGCUUUAAAGGGUGUAACAAAAUGUGAUAUUAGUUUAGUGACUAAUGAGUGCCAGGUGACAUACGAUAACGAGGUUACCGCCGAUUCUAUUAAGGAAAUUAUAGAGGAUUGUGGAUUUGACUGUGAGAUACUAAGAGAUUCUGAAAUUACAGCCAUAAGUACGAAGGAAGGACUACUGAGUGUACAAGGUAUGACCUGUGGGUCUUGUGUUUCUACAGUCACCAAACAAGUGGAAGGCAUUGAGGGUGUUGAAUCGGUAGUCGUUUCCUUGGUAACGGAAGAGUGCCAUGUUAUUUAUGAACCGUCCAAGACAACGCUAGAAACCGCCAGAGAAAUGAUUGAAGACUGUGGAUUUGACUCAAAUAUUAUUAUGGAUGGCAACGGGAAUGCAGACAUGACCGAAAAAACGGUGAUCUUGAAAGUAACUAAGGCUUUCGAGGACGAAUCCCCACUCAUACUUUCUUCAGUAAGCGAAAGGUUUCAAUUUUUGUUAGACCUAGGUGUAAAAUCGAUAGAAAUUUCUGAUGAUAUGCACACACUCACCAUAAAAUACUGUUGUAACGAACUCGGCAUUAGAGAUUUAUUGAGGCACCUUGAGAGGACCGGAUAUAAAUUCACUGUAUUUUCCAAUUUAGAUAAUACUACCCAGUUAAGGCUUCUCUCUAAAGAGGACGAGAUAAGAUUCUGGAAAAAAAACAGCAUAAAAUCCACCCUUUUGGCUAUAAUAUGUAUGCUAUUGUAUAUGAUUGUCCCUAUGAUGUGGCCAACAAUUGUUCAGGACCGCAUAUUCCCUUACAAAGAAACCUCCUUUGUUAGAGGUCUGUUCUACAGAGAUAUUUUGGGUGUAAUAUUGGCAAGCUAUAUUCAGUUCAGCGUUGGUUUUUACUUUUACAAGGCAGCAUGGGCAUCUUUAAAGCACGGUUCAGGAACCAUGGAUACACUAGUUUGUGUUUCCACUACUUGUGCAUACACAUUUUCUGUGUUUUCUUUAGUUCACAAUAUGUUCCAUCCCUCAAGUACUGGCAAACUCCCAAGGAUCGUUUUCGACACAUCAAUCAUGAUCAUUUCAUAUAUUUCCAUCGGGAAAUAUUUGGAAACUUUAGCUAAAUCACAAACAUCAACCGCACUUUCUAAAUUAAUUCAGCUCACUCCAUCGGUGUGUUCAAUUAUAUCUGACGUGGAGCGGAAUGAAACCAAGGAAAUUCCCAUAGAAUUAUUGCAAGUGAACGAUAUAGUGGAGAUUAAACCAGGGAUGAAAAUUCCUGCUGAUGGCAUCAUAACAAGAGGUGAAUCUGAAAUUGACGAGUCGUUAAUGACAGGCGAAUCCAUUUUGGUGCCCAAGAAAACUGGUUUUCCGGUUAUUGCUGGUUCUGUUAAUGGACCUGGACAUUUCUACUUCAGAACUACUACCGUUGGGGAGGAAACUAAAUUAGCAAAUAUUAUCAAGGUAAUGAAAGAAGCACAAUUGAGUAAAGCUCCCAUUCAGGGGUAUGCAGAUUAUUUAGCCUCUAUUUUUGUUCCGGGGAUCCUAAUUUUGGCAGUAUUGACUUUCUUUAUUUGGUGUUUUAUUUUAAACAUCUCGGCUAAUCCUCCCGUCGCUUUCACCGCAAAUACUAAGGCUGAUAAUUUUUUUAUUUGCUUACAAACUGCUACUUCUGUUGUCAUCGUCGCAUGCCCAUGUGCAUUGGGACUUGCCACGCCGACUGCUAUAAUGGUGGGUACAGGGGUUGGAGCUCAGAAUGGUGUCUUAAUAAAGGGCGGAGAAGUAUUGGAAAAAUUCAAUAGUAUUACUACUUUUGUUUUUGAUAAAACAGGUACCUUAACUACAGGUUUUAUGGUUGUGAAAAAGUUCCUUAAAGAUUCAAAUUGGGUUGGAAACGUGGAUGAAGACGAAGUUCUCGCCUGUAUAAAAGCAACGGAAUCCAUUAGUGACCAUCCAGUUUCGAAAGCAAUUAUACGUUAUUGUGAUGGUUUGAACUGUAAUAAGGCUUUAAAUGCCGUUGUUUUAGAAAGCGAAUACGUGCUUGGAAAGGGAAUAGUCUCAAAGUGUCAAGUUAAUGGAAAUACUUAUGAUAUUUGUAUUGGGAACGAGGCGCUGAUUUUGGAGGAUGCAUUAAAAAAAUCCGGAUUUAUUAACAGUAAUGUCGACCAAGGAAACACUGUAUCAUACGUAUCAGUAAACGGGCAUGUGUUUGGCUUGUUCGAGAUUAAUGAUGAAGUUAAACAUGAUUCUUACGCAACAGUUCAGUAUCUACAAAGAAAUGGAUAUGAAACGUAUAUGAUUACUGGCGAUAAUAACUCAGCAGCAAAAAGAGUCGCUAGAGAAGUAGGUAUAAGCUUCGAAAAUGUUUACAGCGAUGUGUCACCCACAGGCAAAUGUGAUCUCGUGAAAAAAAUUCAAGAUAAAGAAGGUAAUAACAAGGUUGCUGUUGUUGGCGAUGGCAUUAACGACGCUCCCGCUUUAGCACUGAGUGAUCUAGGUAUUGCCAUUUCAACAGGUACGGAGAUUGCUAUUGAAGCAGCUGAUAUUGUUAUACUGUGCGGUAAUGAUCUGAAUACUAAUAGUUUGAGAGGACUGGCCAACGCCAUCGAUAUUUCACUAAAAACGUUCAAAAGAAUAAAGCUGAAUUUGUUCUGGGCACUUUGCUAUAAUAUAUUCAUGAUUCCGAUUGCUAUGGGUGUGCUCAUUCCUUGGGGCAUAACUCUUCCUCCAAUGCUCGCCGGUUUAGCGAUGGCAUUCAGCUCGGUCAGUGUCGUUCUAAGUUCAUUGAUGUUGAAGAAGUGGACUCCACCGGAUAUUGAAUCACAUGGGAUUUCAGAUUUCAAGUCCAAAUUUUCGAUUGGGAAUUUUUGGUCAAGGCUUUUUUCUACGCGGGCUAUUGCAGGUGAGCAAGACAUAGAAUCACAGGCCGGACUAAUGUCAAACGAAGAAGUCUUGUAA